AAAUCUACUGCAGCACUUGGUGAAAAAAUCUGAAGAGAAUCGAACCCUACAGGGUAGUAGGUCGCCAACACUACUUACUCGACCACGCAGCCUCAGCCCUACACGUAUGAGAUACGGAGAAAAUCCAUCAGAUCGCCUUGAGCACGGUGCAGACAGGCCGAGGUCAAGGCUAGACAGACCGCUGACCUUGAGAGAGAGGGAGUCUGAGAGGGACAGACGGGCCAGGUCUGCUUCACCCCCUGUCCACAGAGAUGGCCCCUCCAUGAUGUGGUCUGCCGGUGUACCUGAUCAAUCGGCUGAGCUAGCCGAGCUGACCACGAUGAGACAGGCGUUGAUGAAGACCAGACGAGACCUAACCGAGACAGAGAGAGCUCUGAUAGACACAAGGGAGAUGACUGAAGACGCCAAGUCCAAGUUAAUGGUGCUGGAGUUCAACAAAGGCAGCGCCCUGAAGGAGGUUGACAGGCUGAAUGACGACAUCAAGAGGAAGCAGGUCCAGCUGACUGCUCUAGACUCGGAGCUACAGAACAAGCUGCAGGAACUGAAGAAUAUGGCCAGCUACGGCGUCACGAGGGAAGAUUGCAUGGAGGUGAAAAACGUGAAAGAUGAAAACGAGGCUCUGAAGGUGAAAUUGAGGAACAUGGAGGGUCUGGGGCUGGAGAGGGAUGAGUUGGUCAGACAGCUGGACGCCGCCAAGGAGGAUUUGCUGCGUGAGCAGAAACACAUCCGGCUACAGGAGGCAGAGCUGAGGGAGGAAAUCGAGAAUUUAACAUCGAAACUGGAAGAAGUCCAGAACGGAUGGUCCAAGGAUCAGGACCAACUGGGAAAGCUGCAGCAGGCAUACAAGAGGAUGGAGCGAGAGAAGAACGAGUUGAUACAGGGCAAAGCGAGAGAGUACGAGGCACUCAAGGCCUCUUACAAGGAGGAGGUGGGUGAGUCACAGAUGAGGAUGAAGAAAGAGGUGAGAGACAUGGAGACGGAGCUUAAGGAGCUGAGGCAGAGAGUCACAGAGAUGCAUGCUGACAAUAUCUCUAAGGAGUCGACAAUACAGAAUCUAAA